AUGAUAACAGCGAAAAGGUAUCCCUUCGAAGAAGCAUUCAGAUUCCUCACCUGUGCGAAACUUUCCACUUUCGUCCUCUUAAUUUGGAUCUGCCAUUCCUGCGAUAAGGGUUAUGUUAACCAAUCUUUGAAUUCGAACGACGCUGAGAUAGAUGCGCCGCUCUUCCCAUGCAGUAGUCGAUUACUGGCAAAAUAUGAACAAGGAACAAAUUUAAAGACGGUAAAAUUAAACCAAAAAACGGGCACAAAUGGAAAAAAAAAGAAAGUAACCAAGAAGGUGGAUUACCAUUCCGGGAGUGAAAAUAAUUCCCAUGUUGACUACGAUGUAGAUAGUGACAAGCAAAGCGUACGCAGUGACAGGAAGGGUGAAUCCAGUGGCGAGCCCGAUCUGCUAUGCGGGCAAAUAUUUUCUUGCCUCGACAAAAGAGCAUCUUGCUGUUCAUUUGAGUCCAUUAGUAGUAGGGACUUUUGCAAGAAGUGCCCAAAAAGAAAGUGCUCGAAGAAAUCUCCCAUCUAUUACAUCAUUUUGGGUUUAUUGCUGAUUUUAGGAGUGAUAAGCGCUAUACCCGCUAUGGUGGCUGGAGGAGUACCUACUUCGUGGUGUCCUCUUUCUAUUAUAUUGAUUAAGUUAUUUAGCUUAGGCAUUGUUUUUAUCUUGAUAAAGAAAGCGAAAAGAAAAUGA